AGUUUCCUCUCUUCGAAUUGACUUGUUUGGCGCAACCGAACUCCCUGUAAUAAUACUACUGCUACUAGACUGCGGUCCUACCAAAGGCCCACAACAGCGAAGGCGGUGUUGGCGUUAUGAAGUACCUUGCGGCCUUCGCAUCCUCUGCGAGCCUGGAGGGCUUUCGCCUCCCGGAGUUUAUCUCCGUAGCCGCUGCACUGGACGUCCCUGUCACCCUACUCGACGACGACAUUCCGUGGGUGGCGCACGGCGGUGACUCCUUCUGGUUUAGCGUGUUCGAGUCGGCGGCGACUCUCGACCAACUCAGCAAACUCGCGGCCCGCUGCAUCCUGCUGCGGGGUAUUUACCUUCUCUUCGAAACCGCACCCACGCUGGAGGACUUCUACGCGUGCCUGGACGCCCGCAGCGGGGCGGCGUCCUCUGGUGCCUCGGCCACCGCGGCGUCGUACCGCGCCUUCGCCGGUGAGUCACACGCGCCGCAGCUCAGCAGCUCCUCCGGCUACUGCUAUCAGGUGGAGACGAUCGGCAGGAAAUACACGGACGAGGCGAAGCGGGCCGUGGUGGAGGCGGUGCUACGGCGGGUGCCGCUGCAGGGCAAGGUGGAGUGGCACAGCCCGCAGCGCCGCUUCUUUGUAUUUCUUCAGCACGCCGUCGAGAGCGCGCUGGCGGGGGCGCAGGGGUGGGUGCCGAAUGGGCCGCUGCUGCGUGUCUUUCAUUGCUGCUUGUGUGUCGAGUCGGGUCGGAGGGCGCUGCUCGCCACGUACGACCUGAAGAAACGGCCGUACAUCGGCACCACGUCGAUGCCGCCGGAGGAGUCGAUGGUGAUGGCGAACAUGUCGUGUGUGCGCCGCGGUCACCUCGUGUACGACCCCUUCUGCGGCACCGGCAGUCUGCUGGUGGCGGCGGCGCACUGCGGGGCGAUGACCGUCGGCUCCGACGCCGACGGACGGGCGAUGCGCGCGGGAACAGAAAAGGGCAAGACAAGUCCUCAGAUGCAGCAGCAGCGGCGGCUGGCACUGGCCAACUACUCGCCGGCGCAGCUGGAGGGCCUGACGGAGGAGGAGCGCCUUCUGCCCAACAUGUGGACGAACUUCAAGCUGUACGGCCUGCCGCCACCCGACCGUGCGCGCAUGAACUUCUCUGCGUGGCCGCACACGUGGCACACCGCCGCUGCACCGGACACCGGCGCCAUCUUCGACAGCGUCAUCUCCGACCCCCCGUACGGUCUGCGCGAGCCGCGGAAAAAAGUGGAGAUGAGCGCCACCGCCGCCGCCGCGGUGACGCUGUCCGCCUACGCGACGAGCGAGGUGGUGCUGGACCUCGUCCUGUUCGCCGCGGCGCACCUCGCCAUGGGUGGCUACCUCACCUUCUGGCACCCCACCACGGACCACUACACCGACGACGAGCUGCCCGCGCACCCGUCCCUGCGCGUCCUCCACGACAUCCCGCAGCGCGUCUCGCUCAAAAUCGUGCGGCGGCUGAUCGUGAUGCGCAAGGUGGCACCGCUGCCGUCGCCGCCUCCGUCGCGGGAGUCCUGCGCCGCGAAGCGAGCGCCGGAGGACCUCCGCAAGCUCAUGGAUGCCACGGCACUACCAGACAACGCGGAGUACACGCACUACCGCGCCAGACGCGAGCGCAGGCGCCAAGCAGCGCAGCAGUUCCAGGCCUCUGCGCCGGCGAGCGAAGACGGCAGCAGCGGCGGCGGCGGCGUCGGGAAUCGACGGGGGCGGAAGCAAAAUCGCCUGGAUGCGCAGGAGGAGGUUGUGGCGAACCGCCAGCGCAACAUCGAAGUGCGGGAGGCGAAGCAGGCCGCCUCUCACCUCGCCAACGCCGCACACAAAGCGAGGACGGGCGACGCGUGA